CUCAUUACGUUGGUUGGCAGAUUUGUUUAUGCGCUGAAAAAAGGUUGAGAGUAAUAGUGGUGAUUAGGCCGUGAUGAGCUAGCGAAAAUACCCUGCAAACUGAAUUCAACUUUUCGACGAAACUCCAAGGGAAAUAUAUUACACAUACGGUGUAACGAUAACUGUCAAAAUGCAGAUUACACUUAAAACGCUUCAGCAACAGACGUUCAAAAUCGAUAUCGACGGAGAAGAGACGGUAAAAGCCCUAAAGGAAAAAAUUGAAAAUGAGAAGGGAAAAGAUGGUUUUCCAGUAGCUGGACAAAAAUUGAUAUAUGCAGGUAAAAUCCUGAAUGAUGAUACAGCCCUCAAGGAAUACAAGAUUGAUGAAAAGAACUUUGUGGUGGUCAUGGUGACAAAGCCUAAGGCAGCUCCAUCUGCUGCCCAGCCUUCCUCUACUACCAACACAAUAAGUACUAUAUCUCCCAGUGCUACAGCUACAAUAUCAGCCCCUCCACCUCCUGCAUCAGCAGCUGCUGCACCAACCAGUGCAGAAAAGGGGGGCAAACCCUUUGAACAACUGGAGGAUAAACCACUAGCAGCCACAGACAACCCUACAACAUCUACCAUCAGCUCUACAAAUCCAGCUGGAAAUGUUAACAUUUUUGAGGAGGCCACUUCUGCUCUUGUGACAGGACAGUCCUAUGAAAACAUGGUAACCGAGAUCAUGUCAAUGGGGUAUGAAAGAGAGCAGGUUGUUGCUGCACUAAGAGCCAGCUUUAAUAACCCUGACAGAGCUGUUGAAUACCUUCUUACGGGUAUUCCAGCAGAGAGAGAGAGCCAUACGGUGGCUGACCCAGUCAUGCCUCAGGUUGGUACUCCUUCUUCCAUCACAGGUUCCUUGUCCUCUCCUUCCACCACAGGGUCUGUGCAGCCAACUCCAACCACAGAGGCCAAUCCAUUGGAGUUUUUGCAGAACCAACCUCAGUUUCAGCAGAUGAGACAAAUUAUUCAACAGAACCCAUCUUUGCUUCCAGCCUUACUGCAGCAGAUAGGAAGAGAAAACCCUCAACUACUACAGCAAAUCAGCAGCCACCAAGAGCAGUUUAUCCAAAUGCUGAAUGAGCCUGCGCAGGAGGUUGCAGGUCAGGGGGUGGUGGCUGAAGCUGGAGGAGGACCCAUGAAUUACAUUCAAGUAACGCCUCAGGAAAAAGAAGCCAUUGAAAGGCUCAAAGCGUUAGGAUUCCCUGAAGGACUUGUAAUUCAAGCCUACUUUGCCUGUGAGAAGAAUGAGAACUUGGCUGCAAAUUUCCUUCUACAACAGAACUUUGAUGAUGAUUAAAGGGGGGAUAGAAACUGCAUUUUUUUCAGUUUAAUAUUAUAUUGUACACAGGCUACUUUCCUAGAUUUUGCAAUAUAUUUUCAUGGUAACACUGGAUGAACAAUUUAUAUUCAGGAAAAUGAUCUUUCUGACUUCAUAACAGGCAGUGCAAGUCAACUUGCUUUGUUUGAAAUAACUGGUGUGCGCAACCUUUUUAUUUUUUAAAAAACUAGGACAAAAAUUAUUGUUUUCUUCAUAAAUGGGAAGCAAAUCCAAUUUUCAAUGCUGAUCAUUGUAUAUGUUUUACAAAUUACCAUUUGGGGUGGGAGGGUUCUAUGGUCAUUCUUAUGUCAUUUUCCUGUUUACAAUUUUUCUUUCUUUUGUUUGGUUAAUUGGGAUUCCCAAUACUGCUUAAUUCAGUUUGAAAGAGUAAAAUUUUUAAACAUUG